AGGCGUGUGGGGCAGGGAGACCUGAUGUGAGCGGCGAGAGACCAGCAUCAGUUGAGGUACAGCGGUCAACAGUGCGACACGUGUGUUCAGAUAUCAUCAGUGUAUCACCGUCACAACAGGUGGAAUGUUUGCCGCGAAGCAGUCAACAUCAGUAUUCAACCAGUUACUUCAGAGAAGUCUAAGCGAAGAAAAGAAUGAGUGACUGACAGACAGACGUACAAGAUCGUCUGACAACGCGGUGACAACCUUGCGCUACUCAGAGAUCAUGAUCUAUCCUCCCGUUUCAGGAUCUGGAUCUAGCGGAAGUAGGAUGAGAGGUACGGGAUCCAGAAUUGGUGCCAGUGUCAAUGGUAAUGACUGCGCAAAAGGCAUGCGUACUGGUAGAAAGACGAAACAGCAACAGCAAGUUCAGUGGAAACAAAGAAACGUUCAAGAAGGCAUCGUCGUUGUGGACGAACUUCAGUUGUCGAAACUUAUCAAGAGGGACCCCAUCCAGAAGUUCUACGACCUCGAUCCAGAACCCUUCGCAACGGGCCUGUUCGCGUCGGUAAGUCGAUGUCGAUCACGUGACAAUGGCCAACAAUUCGCAGCCAAGUUCUCUAGCAGAGCUCGGUAUGGCGAAGACUGUAGUGCAGAGAUCCAUCACGAGAUAGCACUGCUAUCACUGUGCUCGCCAUCUUCACAUGUUAUCGACGUAUUUGAAACUCCGACAGAAAUUAUUCUAGUCCUCGAAUUCGCUCCGGGAGGUGACCUACAGACCAUUAUAGACGACAAUCUGGUGCCAUUUGAAGCAGAUGUGGUCAAGUUCGUGCGUCAACUUGUAGAGGGCCUUGCAUAUCUCCAUGAGAGGAAGAUAGCCCAUCUCGACAUCAAGCCCCAGAAUCUAGUAAUGAUGGCUGACUUUCCGGACUGUGACGUUAAACUCUGCGAUUUCGAGAUUUCGAGAGUGAUUCUCGAAGGAACUGAGAUACGUGAGAUUUUGGGAACACCGGACUACGUCGCACCAGAAAUACUGCACUAUGAGCCAAUAACACUCAAGGCAGACAUGUGGUCCUUGGGUGUCACGACAUACGUCCUUCUUACGGGAUUCUCGCCGUUCGGUGGGGAGACAGACCAAGAAACUUUCUGCAACAUAUCGAGGGCUGAGGUUGACUUCCCGGAGGAGCUGUUCGAAGAUGUGUCUGAGGACGCGCAGGACUUCAUCGGUAGUUUGCUCGUGCGUGACCCAAGAGCACGACCAACCGCAAAAGACUGUCUGCGCCACAAGUGGUUGUCGAAGAAAAUUCCUCGCACAUCCACACCACCAUCUCUGUUACAUCACAACUCCUCCUCACUGCUCGUAACCAAGGCGACCCAACGAACAGCACUGCCUAGUGAUGACCCAACACGUAAUGAAACUCAGCAACAGAAGAACCUAAGGAAAUAUCUGUCCAAAUCUCGAGAAGCGCUCUUCGAGAGAGUGGUCCAACAGCAUCAGCAGCAGCAAAAGAACAGCCUGAGAAAGACCACCAUCCUUUCUCAGUACCACAGAACACGACGCCUCUGCGAAAGUCAGAUGUCAUUGGUCUCCAAGUCCAGAGAACGUCUCCUGAUGAUGGACCAGCAUCAGAUGUCUCCGUACUUUAGCCGUUCAAGAGAAAAGCUUUAUGGACUCCGAAGUCUAUCAAAAUCACACGAGGUCCUGGAUCUUUGUAAGUCAGCUGCAGCAGCUGGAGGUCAGACUCCGCAAGGCAUUGGUUUGGGGAUUCUGAAGACGCUGACCAGAGCAACCACGGCGGAUCUCAGCAUGAUACCCCUUUUGCGGCAGAGGCUGAUGGACCAUGGAUCAUCUACAACAUCAAUCUCGUCUUCACUGACCAGUGAACAGGACAUGGACGAAACCACAGUUCCAGCGUCUCCAGAGUGCACGAAGUUCAACAGGAUGUCUUCGGUACCGGCCAGUUCCACAUCGCCGCCAACCACUCACACACUAACACAGGAAUUAUCUCAGAAUUCAUCAGGGUCGCCAGACAGCGACAUUAAGUCACCGAUGACGCCCACACCAAAAGAUCUGCUAGAGACUUCGUCCGGAAAACCUUUAGCAGAUAUCAAAAUUCAGCCUAUUACCCAAAUACCGGCACUUCUGAGCCCAAAAUUACUUAAAGAAACCAUUAAAAGUCAACCAAAAUAUGAAAUGUUUUCCAAUAACGCUCUGCACGAAUGUGAGACUGAUAUCAGAGCUCGUGACAAAGAAACGGAACUUGAACUAGCCGAUGCUGGUGGACUAUUGAGCGAACAGAUGACAGAUCCGAACAGCAGCAGAGAAACCGGAAGAUUAAAAGACGACUCGAAAGAUGAAAAAAGCUGUUGCCGAGGUGAGAGAACAGAAGACGACAAGGUGUUUCAAAAAGAAUGUAAGUUACAAUACGAAGGAACAAAAAAAUUAAAGAACCUUCCGAAGGAGAUUGGACGAACAAUGCAAGACACGCCGAACACUUCGGACUCAGCAGCAAAAGUGACACUUGAGAAGAAAAUGGACGUUUCAGAUAAUGAGAAUAACAUAUACGAGAAUGGAGCGGAUGAAGAAUCAGAACCACGAUACACUGUCGCGCAACUUAUCUCAGCAUUCAACCGUCACCAGGAAGUUGUAACAAAGACAUCUCUUGAAGUAACUAUGACAACCAGCGACAAGGAGACUAAGAUCCCCUCCAUAAUCUUAAAUUCGGGGAACAGCAAAUUUCCUACUGGUGCAAAUGCUCUGAGACUUUUCAUACCUGACAUUGACAUAACCAAUGAACCGCCUAAGAGGAAACAAAAGAGGAAAUACUCUUUGGGUUCGGGGGUCACAAAAGAACGGGAACAAAACGCUGAAACAUACCAAGUGUCCAAGGCGACGGUCGAACCAUCCAAAGACUUGUACCAAACGGAAGACGAUGAAGCUUUUCAGUCUCUUGAAAGUUCUAGCUCUCUUACAACCAAUGACUACGACUCUAUUACAAGUGUGUUAAUACCGGAAGAAACUGUCGAUGAGAAACAGGAUGGACAGCUCGAACAAGAAAUUACAUCUGCAUCUAAACAGGCGACGACGGAAGAUUCAGUUAAUGAAAACAUCGACAGUACAAACAACAAUCAUAAUGACGAUUCAAGCACUAUUUGUACGUUAGUUGUUGAACCUCCAACAGCUGACAGAGUUCCGAAUGCUGAACAGGAACAAUCCCUUCACACCGUAAACGUCAAUAAAUUCCAGCUGUCUGUAGACGUGACGCCAAAUUAUCUGAGGUCCGGGUCUCUCUCCAGCGAUGCCAGCGCAACGUCAAGCGAAGGUUCCGGUUCUAUGUCCUGGGAAGAGCUGACACCUCCCGGUACGGCGACGCCUUCAAGUACCAAGCACGAGCCCCAGCAAUGGCCACAGAAAGCGGCUGCUACGAGCCCAGGUCGUCGUCACACGUCAAGAAGCAGAUCUCCUAGUGUGAAUCGAGAUUCGUGGGGUAGGAUCUGCACCGGAACUUAUAACAGAGCCAUGGAGAAGUUGGUCAACAAACAGGAAAACACAGGAGCCUCAGGUCCCAGCAGGAGACCAAACAGGAAGUCACUGACACUGUUAAGUCCACCUCAUGUGAUAAGUCCUUCUGAGAAAAUCCGUCGGAAGUCAAUACCUGUUAUCAAACACUUUUCAUAAGCAAUAUAAGAUCUGCCCAAGCCUAACGUAACAGCGUUCAUAAUCCAAAAUGAUGUUUCUAUUUGCAUUGGAACAUUUUGUUCAGUCUGAGGGAUGUCAAACCAAAUCCUUCAAACACAAUCACAACAUCCAGAUGUCAUAAUUAAGCGUAGAUUGAUUAUUUAAAAGUGUCUGUGGACGGCUAUAAUCCGUGGUUUUCUAGAAACCAAUCACAUGUCCACAAUAACGUAACAAAUUGAAGUUAAUUAUUAUUUAACUCAUAAAAUGCGAUCGGUGGCGCAAUUAGCUAUUUCUUCUUCCGGACUUCGAUAAAUUUGAAUUUACUGAAAAUAAGAAAAAAAUAUUCAGGAAGACCGUGUAUCUUUAUAAAGAGAAUACAACUAUAACCAACGUCUGUGUAUAGUGCAUAUAAAAGCGGUGACAGUCCUUAAAGUUGGAAAAUUCAUCGCUUAAAUGAUUUAUAACAGGUAAUACAGUCUAUACGUUAAUAAUUUUGAAAUUGUGAUUUCUAUUCUGUUUCAGUAUUAAUAAAACCAUAAAAAUAAUAAGUGCAUUAUGCAUAUUAAAUGUAUAACUCCAAAGGAUGCACAAUUUUCAGUCAAGAAAUUCACACAAUUUAAUAUUUCUGGUAUCCUAAUAUGUUAGUGGAUUAAGAUCGUAAGUUUAUGUAAUUCACAAGUAUUGUUUGUAAGGUGUGUCUGAUUUCUGUUAUAAAUAUACUCUAUUAUGAAAUGCGCAUAAUAAAAAUAGCUGUCAUUACGGAAUAA